AUGGACGAGACGGAAUCUUAUGCGUCUUGUAUUAUCUGUCAGCUAAUGACUGCCCUGUCAGUGUUUGCUAUUUUAUUCCUUCUUUUAUCACUUAAUUCGAAAUAUCUAUAUUUUAUUAAAAUGACCGGUAUUUACUGUACCAUAUUACUUAAUGCUGUGAUCGUAUGCUUUGCUUGGCCGUUGUACUUCUUUGGCGAUGUUCCGAAAUUUGUUUUCGAUUCUUUUAACGCUCUCUCAUGGUGGACAAAUAUAGAAGUUGUUGUGCGAAAUAGUGAUAUCUUGCAAAGACCGGGGCCGUUCAUAUUUGUAUGUAAUCAUCAGAGUUCGAUCGAUAUUGUCGUGUUAUCGCAUUUUUGGCCUUCAAAAUGCACCGUGAUGAUGAAAAAUUCAUUGAAAUAUAUACCAUUCUUCAAUUUUGCAGCAGUGUUGAGCCGAGCAAUAUUUGUGGAUCGCUUCAAUCGAGAUAAGGCCAUGAAAUCGUUAGAAGAGUGCGCAAAGAAGGUUACAGAACAGAAGCUGAGUGUUUUCAUAUUUCCGGAAGGCACAAGAAAUCAUGGUGAUGGAAUGAUUGAAUUCAAAAAGGGCGCAUUCAAUUUAGCAACUUUUGCGCAAAUACCAAUUGUACCAAUAGUUAUAUCUUCUUACAAGCAGUUCUAUAAUAAGGACAUGCGAUAUAUCGCAAAUUCAGGCUACGUAAUCGCUGAAAUUAUGGAUCCUAUACAGACUGCUGGUAAGACAAUUCAAGAUGUCCCUGCAUUAGCGGAUGCUAUUCGUGUUAAAAUGAUCGAUACUUUUUCAAAAAUUAGUAAAGAAGCAGCUGAAGAAUUUACAAACCGACAAGAAAUCACUGAUACAAAAAAAAUCCGUUAA